UCCAUUUUGCUACUUUCGGAGUUUCCCAGGCUGUCUGGAAGUUAGUUGCGCCAUGUCCUGCCUCAAGAGCGUUCUGCAGCUGCUGCAAGUGCUGACAACGCUUUCGGGUUGCAACAUCUACAGAUACGUCGAGGGCAGGCGGGUAUUGAUAGUGAACCGGAAGAUUAAUUUUCUGGUGGGGACGGUGCACAGAUUCUGGCUGAGGCCAUUUCUGCUGAUUACCUUUCUGAUGAACGUCAUAUUCUGGCUGGCGGAGUUUCGCGAUGGAUUGAGGGAUCUAACGCCUGGCAGUGAAAGGCCACUGCAGCUCAUUUACAGAAUAGGACUGACACUCGCCAAAUAUCAGAAUGUUUUCAUCUGCACGGGAAUUGCCUAUCACUACAGGCAUCAUCAAAAGCUAAUUCGACAGGUUCUGAACGAGUUUAUACAGAUCUAUUAUAGCUACGAGAGACUUUGCGGAAGGGCGCCGAGAAUUAACUGGUUUCUAUUUGGCAUCCAAGCCUAUAGAACGAUUGCCGCUUCAAAGGCGCCCAUUUUCAGAAACAAAAUAGUGGUUCUGGGCUUCAACCAAAAUGUUGACAUAUUGUUGGGACUAUCUGAAAUACUCUUUAUAUGCAUUCAGCCCAUGUUAUUAUCGCUAGUUGUCUACUUGGGCAUCGUGCUACUUCAUGCCUGCUACGACAUCAAGGUGCAUCACCAUCGAAGGAAAUCAUACCAACUCUUCGAAUUCUACAGACACCUCAUCAGACUUAGGUUCACCUUCGACUGUUUGGCCAGGUCUUUUGUGUGGACGGCUUUAGUGCAGAACUUUUUCCUAUUCAUGGCCAGCUUCCACUUGAUUCUAUACGAUCAGCAGUCAGCCAUACACUUUGGGAAGUCUCUGCUGACCGAUAUCAUAUAUCCGGUGGCCCUGCUCCAUAUAAAUGUGAGCAUUAGUUCCGUGGAGAAAACUUUUGGUCAAUUUGAAGCAAGUUUCAGACCUCAGCGACAGACACAGAUGCUGUGGCUCUACAAGCACGUCGUGAAGGCUACUGUUGAUAAAAGUGACAUUAAUGCCUUUCGCCUGGACCGGGGUCACAUUUUAGAAAUACUAAGACUAGGAUGGGUCUUUGCCAUGUUUACCAAUGGCUUGUUGCUCAACAGCACCGCCAGGAUUGAGCAUUUUAAGACUGUGAAUUAUAAAAAAUUGUUGUAGCUUGUGGAGUUAUUCCGUAACAA